ACUAGUCUCUCUCUCUACCACCGUGGGAUUUAAAUAUUGUUUUUAACGAAAAACAAAAUAAAGAAUUUAAGAAAAUUAACAAAAAAAAAAAAAAAAAACGCGGCUGCUGUAUUCACCAAAAACAGAGACACGGUGAGAGAGAGAGAGAGAGAGAGAGAGAAAGAGAGAGAAACAAACUCUGUGUUGAUCGAUCCCAGCUAAGAUUCAACGAUUUCAAAUAAUCGAACACGAGGUUUAUCGGUCAUUCGAUUAUCGGAGGCUGUGUUUUAAAUUUUACAACAAAUUUUUUUUGGGAAAUUUGAGGCUGUGAUUUCUACGCGAGCCCGCGAUCGUGUAGAAUUUUUCAAUUACUUGCGGGGGUGAAUCGUUUGGGGUGAGUUUUUGAUUCUGAGGAAUGGAUCGAAGAGGAGCUGAGAGUUUUAAUAAGACGGAGGGUUCUCAAUGCGGAGGUUUAAGUUGGAGGGUUUGAUUUCUGUAUUUUUCGGUAUUUUUUUGGAUGAUUUCUGCAGGAGGUAGGGAUGCAAUAAAGGGACUAGGGUUAGGGUUAGGGCUAGGGUUGGGUGCUGGAAGGAGAGAGAUGGUGGAGUCUGAGCUUGAAGAAGGUGAGGCAUGCUCGUUCCAGAACCAUGAAGAUUAUGAUGCCACAGUUGAUCCCGAUGUUGACCUCUCUUACAUUGAUGAAAAAAUUCAAGAUGUUCUGGGACACUUUCAGAAGGAUUUUGAGGGCGGGGUGUCUGCAGAGAAUCUGGGGUCAAAAUUUGGUGGUUAUGGGUCAUUUUUGCCCACCCAUCAGCGCUCUCCUGUUUGGUCUCGUCCAAGGACUCCACAAAAAAAUCAAGGUCAAAAUACGCCCAGGUCUCCCAAUAAUCUGCAACUGGAGGGUGGGCAGGGGGAUGCUGUACAAUGUUCAGCUGGAACUCAGUCAUUGAGACCUGUUCCAGGUUCUGCUAACUCUUCUAGGAUGGCUGCAAACAAGGGUCACUCUUCAGAUGAUGGAAUCAGUCAAGAAAAAUACAUGACAACCACUAAUGCUAAUACAUCCACUUCUAAGCAGGAGUCUCUCAACAAAAAAGUUACUAGCACAUCAGACCAGAAGACACUGAAGGUUCGAAUCAAAAUGGGUCCUGAUAAUUUAUCAACGCGGAAAAAUGCUGCAAUAUACAGUGAAAUUGGUCUUGAUGUGUCACCAUCAUCAUCACUAGAUGACAGCCCCUCAGAAAGUGAAGGGAUUUCUCGUGGUCCUCAAGAUGCUCCUUUUGAAUCUCCAACGAUUAUCCUUCAGAUUAUGACAAAUAUCCCUCUGCUAUUGUCGCCUCUUCCUGAUGAUAUCCUUGAAUUAACAUUAAAGGAAACACGUGCCAGAGAUAGUAUCCCUGGUCUUGUUCAUUUGGAUGACCCAGAAAGUUUGGACAUGCCACUAAUUGAAUCUAAUAAUGAAAAGGGUGACAGAAAAUCGUUAGGUGGGAGGAAAAUGAAAUCUCUGGAGGGUUGUGAAUCCUUAAUGGAAGUCAAGGGUUCUACAAAGAAGAAUGCUCGAAGUGAUGUUGGAGUGCUGUCAAGAAAGGAACAAAAUACAGAUGCUUUGACUAUGGAGGAGCUAGUUUCAAAAACCAUGAAACUUCCACUUUUAUCCAGUUCUUAUCCUUUCGGUGAUGACUUGGUUAAGGCUGUGGAUGGGUCAUGCGAUUCAUUGAAGGAAGUCAACAAAGUUAUGGCGAGGGAGAAAACCUUCUCUGAUCAGGGACCAAAGGAACGGGCAGAGACAACAUCUACUGAGGUGAAUGGUUUUGCUGAGAAGGCAAAGGGAAGUUCAGCAAGAAAAGUUGUGGGAGAUAAGGUUUCUCAUGAUGAGUAUACAGUGAAAGACAAUCCUCAUGGAGAUAAAAAUUGCCACUCAAUGAUAGCUGAAUCUAAUGUUUCCAAAGUUCGGCCAGCAUCUAACUCUGAAGAGCCUCCUAAGAAGGCUAGUCUGAGAGGUAGCCUCUGUGAACAAGACAGUAUGACAUUAACUGUUGUGACAGAACAUCAAAUUCCAGGGGGUAAGAAGAAGCCAAAGGGAAGUCAUGGCACCAUUGUUAUGGAGAGGGAAAAAGAAAAUUUGAAGGUUGGGCCCUCUUCAGUUCCUAAAACAAAAAAGAGUUCUGAUGAUAGUUCUACUUCAAAAAAUGAAACUGAAGAUGUCAGAGUACCAAAAAAUCUUGGAAAGACUAGAGAUACAUACAAAGAUUUCUUUGGGGAAUUGGAAGAUGAGGAGGACAGAAUGGAUUCACUGGAGACCCCUUGUGAGGAAAAAGUGAAGGAAUCUGAGGUGGUCGAGAGGAGUGCACCUACAACUAAUUGUGGAGCAAAGGAGAGAUCCAGUGGUAAGAAAGUUGAUAAGCCAUCAACAGCUGAAAUAUACCCUAAAACAGUCACAAAUGUCUGGUCCACUGAAAAUGAAAAUGGUACUAAUGUAGAGAAUGGUAAAGGGAUUCCUGCAAUGAUACCAACUGUUGAGAUUGAAGAUAAUUGGGUACAGUGUGACAAGUGUCAUAAAUGGCGUCUUCUUCCUCUUGGAACAAAUCCUGACAACCUACCUGAAAAGUGGCUGUGUAGCAUGCUUAAUUGGUUGCCUGACAUGAAUCGAUGUAGCUUUAGUGAGGAUGAAACCACUAAAGCACUUGUUGCAUUUUACCAAGGGCCUCCUCUUGAUGGUCAAAGCAACCUGCAAAAUGUCUCUGGUAGUGUUAUGGUCGGAGGAACCAUGGCAACAUCCAAUCAUCCUGACCAACCCCAGCAAAAUAAUGAUCUGCAUGCAGUACCUGGGGGGAAGAAAAAGCUUGUGAAAGAGAUACCAAAUUCUAUUAAUAAAGACAGCUUUCCUCAAUCUUCAUAUCCUAUUAAGAAAAACUUGCCGUCAGCAGUGAAAAGCAGGAGCUUAAAUGAUGUGAACAAAUCUCCUGCUGUGAGUGAAGCUGAUUUUCCAGCAGAGAAACACAAAAAUAAGCAGAGGAUGAUGGAGUACAAUUCUGAUAGAGGUGAUAUGAAGAGUAUGAAGGUCAAAAGCAGGAGGGACCCCGAUCAAGAUUUUUCUAGGCCAUCCAAGAAAUCUAAGGCUGACAGGGUUCAUUCUUCCAAUGAAGAAUGGAUUGUUGAACAGAAUGGGACUACUAGGAAGGUGGGUGGCCAAAGCUCAAAUAGCACUUUUGCAACUACUUCAGUUGGCAAAGAUCGACCUAGACAGAAAGAACGCUCCUCUUCGAGGGACUCCAAAUCAGGAAAAGAGAGGAUGCCAGAGUCUGCUGAAAACACAAACAAUAAAGGUCAGUGUUCGUUGGAUGAGGGGUCCCUUGAUCUGGGAAAUUGUGAUUCAAUUGGUAGUGUGAAAAAGAGGAAAUUGAAGGGGUAUCAAAAUGCUCAAACAUACAGCCCAGGUAAUCCACGCCUACAGGAUAGGAAAACUUCUGAGCAUGAGUUCAGUAAUUCCAGGAAGGAAAAGAAGGCAAAAAUUUCAAAAUCUGAAGGCAAAGAAUCAAGUGCCAGUAAAGGCAGUGGCAGGACUGACAAAAAAGUUAGUCAUACAAAGAACCAGAAGUUCAGGCAAAACCCUGAGAGCGGCAUGUCACAGCGGAGCUUGGAUGGCAUGGAAUGUUCAAAAAGGGACUUGGGGUCUGUACAGGCUUCUGUUGCUGCCACUUCAAGUUCUUCUAAGGUUUCUGGCUCUCAUAAAACCAAAGCUAGCUUCCAGGAAGUGAAAGGCUCACCUGUGGAAUCAGUUUCCUCAUCACCUAUAAGAAUUUCAAAUACAGAUAAGUUUACGAACAAGGAAAUUAUUGGGAAAGAUGACUCUCAUGAUAUUGCUGUUGCCGACAGUCCAAGAAGAUGCUCAGAUCGUGAGGAUGAUGGUGGGAGUGAUCGGUCUGGAACUGCUAGGAAAGAUAAAUCCUUCAUCAUUGCCCACAGGUCAGGUUUUCAGGACAAGGGUGUUAAUCACAUGUCAGAUACUAAACUUAAAGCUCAAACAACUAGCUAUUGUACCAAUUUUGGUGUGGACACUAGAGUCCCAGAUGGGAUAUAUCCAGGCACAGAGCAGACUGAGCCUCCAGGUGAAGACAGAGUCGAUGUUUGUUAUUCUAAUAUAUCUCAUGCAAGGAAAAAUGGCAUAGAAUCAGGUUUGGAGGACAACAAUGACAGCUUUAAGGCAGAGUCUCAUGCAGAUAAGGUCAAGAAUACUAGCUCUCCGAGUCAACUGAAAGAUCAGUCUCCCCUACAUGAGGCAAAACAUAAGGAUGGAAAAAUUAAGUUGCAGGAGAAGUCUGGGCUCAAGCCUGACCAGAGUGAGAAUAUACAUGCUGGCAAGAAAGAUUUUACAGGAAAAAAUGAGAGUAGGAAAAAGGAGAAUCUCUUAAAUCGGGGUCAUGACUUUCAAGAUGUUAGUACAGAUGCCCUAUACAAACAGGAGUUAUUUCAUGCUCCUGUUCAGAAUCAGUUGCCGGAUUGCGAUACUGAAAGAACCACAAAGAGGUCUCUUUUGGAAAGAACUGAUCAAGAAGUACAUGGAAAAGGGAAGCCAUUGUCAUCAUUGCCAUCUGAAGGAUCUCAAGUUGAGACAUUGGGUCGUUGCCCACGACCAGUUGGUUUACAUAAAGGAAAUGGAGAUAAUGAGGUUGAUCCUUCCAAAGUUGAUGAUGUGUCAAGGCUCCAAAAAAAACAAUUGAAAAAGACUGACCAUCAAAAUGGUAAUCAGCAAAUUGGUUCAAGAAAUCCCAUACUUAAUGGUCAUAAGUCCAAGGAGCUUGAUGCCCCUAGUCCAGUUAGAAGGGAUUCUUACAGCCAUGCUGCUAACAAUGCUGUGAAAGAAGCUAAAGAUCUUAAGCAUCUGGCUGAUCGACUUAAGAAUUCUGGAUCCACUGUUGAGAGCACUAGUCUUUACUUCCAGGCAGCCCUCAAAUUUCUUCAUGGGGCCUCUCUGUUAGAAUCUGGCAACAAUGAUAAUGCUAAACACAAUGAGAUGAUUCAAUCAAAGCAAAUGUAUAGUAGCACUGCAAAAUUGUGCGAGUUUUGUGCCCACGAAUAUGAGAAAUCAAAAGACAUGGCGUCAGCUGCUCUUGCCUACAAAUGCAUGGAGGUAGCAUAUAUGAGGGUAGUAUAUUCUUCACACGGUAGUGCAAACAGAGAUCGGCAUGAGUUGCAGACAGCACUCCAAAUGAUUCCGCUUGGUGAAUCUCCAUCGUCAUCUGCCUCUGACGUUGACAAUGUUAACAACUCUACAGCAGCUGACAAGGUCACCAUAUCUAAGAGUGUCAAUUCGCCACAAGUAGCUGGAAGCCAUGUUAUUGCUGCACGAAAUCGUCCCAAUUUUGUGCGAUUGCUCAAUUUUGCUCAGGAUGUUUGUUUUGCCAUGGAUGCCUCGAGGAGAUCACGGAUUGCUUUUGCAGCUGCCAAUUCAAGCCCAGGCGUGGGCAAGAAUGCAGAUGGUAUCUCCUCUAUCAAGAAGGCUCUUGAUUUUAGCUUUCAAGAUGUGGAGGGGUUACUACAUUUGGUACGGGUUGCCGUGGAGGCCAUUAAUCGUUGAAGGAUAUUCAAUCAAAGAUUCUAGCCUGUUAAGAACAAUUGUUUCUUGGUCAUGUAUAAAAUCCGCACUCUGACAAAAAGACAGUCUGAAUUAAAUUCUGAAGGACAAGGUUUAUUUUGUCAGAUCUUGAUCCAGUCUUGCCAACUGGUGAAGCUAGUACUGUCUCUAUACGUAUGUUUGCCAUACACUGUGAAAUGGAAGUCUCAGUUUACAGUCAGAGGAAUUCAGUUGCUCUCUGCUGUGUACAAGGAUAAAAUCUUUGCAAACCUUGAGAUAACGUGGAGGCACUUAGAAGUAAGCUCCUGUCAUACAGAUUCUGAGCUACUUUAUUAUGUGGAAUGAAUGAUGCUACAUCCAGAUUAUAAAUUGAAGAUAUAAUAGGUGGAUAUGGAUAGACUUAGAAGUUUAAGACUAAUUGCUAUCAGUUGUCCUCUUCUCAUUAUGGAGGUUUAUUAUUUUGUCAAUCUGUAAAUGUGUAUAGUUGUAACUUCUGGAGAGAGGAAGUUGUGGAUUUUGCAUUACUGCAAUCAUGCUCUACCAGUGGGUACUGCUCUUUCUCCUCUUGUCCAAUAUCUCUUUGCAGAAAGAAAAGUCAAAGAGAGUCAGUUUAAAGUUGUCUUGUACAAUGUCGGGAUUAGCGGUAGAAUAAUAUUCUUUACUUAUUUUGUUGUUGAUAGAGACCAAGUGGAAAACAUAAAAGGAGGGAUGUACAGCAAGAAUUUUUUAAAGUGGCAGGCAAUUUACUGCAAAUGGAUUGUCAACUUUGAGGUGUAAAAGUACGCUUGUCUUGUAAAAUACAUUUGUUGUUAGCCAAGUGAAUGUCAAAGCAUCUCAAACUCUUGAUUGCAUUACAUAUCUCUUUUUUACCCCCUGAAGAGAUGCAGUGGACGUGUAAAUAAACAUUAUAGAUUGAAGUUAGAGAUGGUGGAAGCUAGUUGCUGCCUUCAUGCAGAAUCUGACAGGUUUGAGCAACUGAGGCAAAGUCCAGAUAUAGCUACAAUUAGCUGGCCGAAUCUGUAACUGACCUUGGUGGAGUUUUGUUUCAUUUUUUAUUUUUAUUUUUAUUUUUUCCCCCUGCUUUUCCCUUAGUCAAUGAUAUUACAUGUAUUUUUUAAACUGCUAGUAUUGGACAUUUAAUUUUAAAUUUUGACUUUACUAACGUACCUGUUCUUUUAAUGUAUUCAUCUACCUUUUACUAGUAAACUGAGUAUCUAUCAUCCUUUGGGUUUGGUAGCCA